UCAAAUGGGGAAACAUUGACCCUUUGCGGACAACUUUGGCCCAAAUAAAGAAGAAAGAGUAAUUUCAAUAUAGCGCCAACAAAUGAAACAGCAACUCUAGGGUGUAAAAUCUAGUAGAUAGAGGGCAUUUCUGUACUUCCACUGAAAGCAUCCCGACAGCGACCGUUUGCUUUUCAGUCGAGUGGUGAUCCUGAAGCCGACAGGUCGAUUUUUAAUCCAUAUAUUACGCAUUGAAACUUUUAUCGGCACCUAUUGUUAGUAAAGUUCUAGUAACUCGGGUAGUUAGUAAUGCCUCGACUCCCAAAAAAACGCCUUGGGUCAAGACCCUAUGCAAAUUAUACGUCUGAAAAACUUGAAGAAUGCUUACAAGAAAUUAGAUCAGGUCGGAUGUCGCAACGAAAUGCUGCCGCAACUUAUAGGAUUCCUAGAUCUACAAUCAAAAAUAAAUUGAAGGGCAAACACUCAAAAAAUAUUGGCCGAUCUCGAGUGUUUUCAGAUGCGGAAGAAGCUGCUUUUGAACAACAUCUUAUCAAGUUGGCAGAUUUCGGUUUUCCUGUAGUUGCAAUGGAUUUUCGGAUGGCUGCUAAAGCUUACUUAGACAAAAAAGGAUCCCGUAUUUCAUUAUUCAAAGAGAAUCUGCCUGGUUAUGAGUGGACAAAAUCUUACUUGAUGCGUCAUAAAAAAUUAGCCCUGCGAAUUAGUUCCAAUAUCAAGAGAGUUCGAGCAGAAGUUUCUGAAGCUGAAUUGAAUGACUAUAUGGAAAACUUAGGAGUCGCUGUGGAAAACAUUCCACCCUCUCGAAUAUGGAAUUACGAUGAGACCAACUUAAGUGACGACCCAGGAAAUAAAAAAGUCAUUUGUAAAAGAGGAGCUAAGUAUGUUGAAAAAAUAUGCAAUUUUAGCAAAAGUGCCACUUCUGUUAUGUUUUGUGGCAAUGCAGAAGGAAAAUGCCUUGCUCCUUAUGUUGUAUACAAAGCCGAGCAUCUCUGGAAUACUUGGACAGAAAAUGGCCCCCAAAAAUGUCGCUACAACCGCUCCAAGAGUGGGUGGUUUGACGGAACUACAUUUGAAGAUUGGUUUGAAUAUCAUUUUCUUCCGGAAGUGAAAAACGAAGAUGGACCUGUUAUUUUAAUAGGUGACAACCUCUCGUCGCAUAUCAGUGCUAGGGUUCUUCAACUAUGUGAGCAGAAUAAUAUAAGAUUCGUAUGUUUACCGCCAAAUACAACCCACCUCACCCAACCAUUGGAUGUGGCAUUUUUUGCUCCGUUAAAAAGAGCUUGGCGAAAUAUUCUAACCAAGUGGAAAGAGUCAAAAAGUGGUUCCAGAUUUUCAACCAUUCCCAAAGAUUAUUUUCCAACCUUACUUAAAGAACUUAUUCGAAAUCUAGAAAUGGAUAAAAGCCAGAAUCUUAUUUCUGGUUUCAGAAAAUGUGGGAUUUAUCCUUUAAAUAAGCAAAUGUUACUGGAUCGCCUACCAAAAAACUUGACUGAAGAGAAUAAAGAUAUGAUGAGUUCAGCUUUCUUAGAACAAAUAGAGGCAAAACGUGCAGAAUAUUUGGGAAUUGAGAAUAGGACCAAGCAGAGAAGAAAAAAAUUGCAGGUUCCUGCUGGGAAAAGCAUAAGUUCCAGUGACCUGAUAAGUCCAGAGACCAUGCCUAAAUCUUCAAAACAAAUAUCUGCUAAGCGAAAACGAGAUUUGUCCUCAAGCUCUUCUGAGAGCUCCUUAAAUGAGAUUGAUUUAGAAUCUGAUAAUCUAAGCGAAUCAUUUUCUGAUAUGCUUGAAGACGAGAAUAAUGAGGUUAUUCAAAAUCCUGAAAUUGAGAGACCAGGUCAUGCGAAUUUAAACAUAGGCGAUUUCGUGUUGGUAACGUUUAAUGCCAACCAAUAUCCUGGAAAAAUCAUCAAGAUUUCAGAAGAAGGACCCACAGUAGACUGUAUGGAAAAAGGGAUUAAAUUUUGGAGGUGGCCAGAAAAAAAUGACACAUUUUUGUACAGUUGGGAGAAUGUCAUUAUGAAAAUUAAUGAGCCAAAAAUGGUGUCUAAGAGAAAUCAGUACAAAGUUCCAGAAAUUGACAAUUUUGUUGAAAAAUAGGUGUAUAUUUUAGUAUGCAUGGAGGAUAUAUAUUUUUUGUUGUAAAAUUUUGUAUUUUUUCAGUUUAUUAUAUAUUUGAAAUACCGCCAGUAGUUUUUUUUCAGCUUCUAUUUACUAAAAAUCCAUUUAACCCACUUUGUUUCAGUGUAACAUUAACCCGAGACCUAAUUAACAUGCACGGGACAAUGUUUCCCCGAUUCAAGGUAACUUUGGCCCACUUGAAAAAAAUUUUUUUUUUGACAAAUAAUUUAUUGUACAGAUAAACUGAAGUACAAAAUCUGUGGGACUAUCCAUUAUGAUGUAUAAAUUAAAAUUACUCACCAUAGAGAUUAACAGGUGCUUUAUUACAAGCCAAAAAUGACCACAAAAAUAAAAAAAUUGGGUCAAUGUUUCCCCAUUUGAC